AUGAAGCGCAACGGGCACGCAGCCUCACCGACGCCGCGCAGCUUCGUCGAGCUGAAGCCCGCUCGGUCAGCCGCAAGCAAGCACAGGAGCAGCUCCGUCACUGUCUGUGGUAAAGAGGGUUCUCCGACGCUUCCCCUCGUCCUGGACACCGAUGGCAUCCGAGGCGACAACCUCUUACACGACUCGGAUCAGACGCCAUGUGACGCCGCGGCGGCCGGCUCCUCUAUUGUAGCGAACAGCACACCACGUGUCACCAAGAGCAGCCCAACGUAUCCCAGACAUGAACAGCAGCCUCUUUUACUGCCACACGGACAAGGCAGAGGAAACUCUGGCGUGUCUGGCAAGUCGCAAGAGCCCCCCAUCUGCUUUUUCGAAUCCCCAGCCCGCGCGGGCGAUGGCGCCCAGCGGACCUUGCAGCACCACACCACCGCGAGCGAUAAUGACGACGCCCGGUACCCCCAAGCGGAAAUCUCCGCGUCAUCACCGCACAGCAACACUGGCGUGCCCGCGUCUGUCUUGUCACCCUCAGCCGCUGCCGUCGCCGCCGGCGCCAGAGCCGCUGGUGCCGCGGUGCCGUUCCUGUUCUCGCUGAAGCUGCCCUCCGCCACGGUCACGCACCUCGGCGUCGGGCGGGCGAACGGCACUGGCGUGGGCCAGUCCUUCGAUAGCCUCAGCGAAUCCGUGAACUCGGCGUGCGGCGGCUCCUUAUUGCAUGGCCGCAAUCGAAUCAUUGGCAUGGGGGAGGCCGCCGCCGGCUCUGGGCCCAGCUCCCCCUUGAAAGUUGAGGAGACGACAGGGGCUGGCGUCGACAGCGAGCACCGCAGCCAUCAUCACCGUCGUCAGCGCGGCCCAGGUGAAGCGAACGCGAAUGUGACCGUGACAACCCCCUUUCUGCGCGAUGUGGAGCCUCUGCCGGCAUCUGAGGCGUGCACACGCAACCGCCUACCCUCUGGUACCCAUAUUCGUCGGCGCCCGCGCUCCGUCGUGCGGCAGCACACCGGUGCAGCGGGGACUGCCUCCGUCAGCAACGGUACCCCGUCAGCGAUGCUGCUGGGAGACGUCGAAUCAGCAUCCUCCACGUACGGGCCACUGGAUGGCUCCGUCAGCGGCAGCAACGCACUGGCAACGUCGUACAUGCGCCAGCGCGGGGCGGCAGCCGCUUUUGUAGGCGGCAGUGCGAGCCGCGGUGGCGCGGUCAACCGCGUCGGCACUGGCCGGACACGCGACGUCUUGCCACAAGGCACUCGCUCAGGCACUGUCACCGGUGGGGCAGUGGCAGCAGGCCACCGGCGCCGCGCAGAUCCGUCGCCGGCGCCGUCACGCCCGCCGCGGUCGCGGAGGACACGGGCAGGGGCCUCCUCAAGCACCUUUGCCGGUAGCUCAAGCAACGCUGCGGUGGGCGGAACAACUUUCUCACCCUCCUCCCCGACGCAGCUCGGCUGGCGUGCCGGUUAUCAGCCUAGCAUUGCCAUCCAGGCGCCGAAGCGGAUGCUAUCCGAGCAGUCCUCCCCAGGAGCCCCGUCGCCGCUUAACUUCAGCCUCGAGCGUGGCUCCUUCUUUCUCGCAGGUGACAAGGACAGCCUUGCUGCCUCCUCCAACGCCACGGCGAACCAUCAGCACCCCAUCACCAGCAGCUACGCAAGUAACCGUAGCGAUCGCAGUGGUGCGCACAGCACAGGAACGCAUGUAGCAGCAGCUAGCACGAAGCCUCCGUCAGGGCGGCGGCAAGGCUCGCUGGCGCGCGUGCUCGCGCCGGUGCAGCAUAGCGCGAGUGCUAGUCACGUGGAAGAGCACGGCGCCUCAUCACCACUGCAGGACUAUGCGAAGCUGGCGACCACGUACAUGAAGCUCUGUGCGGAGGUGGGCGAUGAGCCGAACAUGGACUGGGUCGCCGGUCUGUCCCUCAUGAAGGGAGGAGAGCGCCAGCACGAUGUGCAGCCGCCGCCCACGACGCUUGGCACCACCGACGCGAAGGAGUGCAGCACCAACCACUCCCAGAGAGUGCCGAGCGCUCUCAACGGCAGCCUGGCGGUGUCAGGGCAUUUUCUGCGCUCUGGUCCUCAGCAGCAACAGCAGCACACCCCUCGUGGUGGGGUGCGACCACGCAUUGUCACAGGAGCGGCGACGUCAUCGCUAUUCGCCACCACGACAGCUGUAGAAAUCCCCGCGCCACCGCGGACCUCGUCCGUGUCGCAGCGGGCCAGCACUCCCGCAGGGAGGCGAACAAAGUCGCCGGCGGCGCGGCGCGGCGCAUCGAGCGCGAGCUCGCCGUCCACCGUACCGAUGCGCAGCGGCAGUGUUGGUCGCAUUACCUCCGUCAACCGCCCUAGCAUCUUCGGCUCGUCAACGCAGCAGCUGCAGCACACGGCCACCGGUGGCGAAGACACCCCUCACGCACAGGGGGGCAACGCUGCCGCGUUUGCGUCAACGGCGGUGGGGGUCGAGGCGGCGGCCAUGGCAGAUGUGUAUUCGCAGCAGGUGGCGAAGUACUGUGCCGCGCGCCUGCAGCCCUUUGCUGACAACAUGAAGUCGGUUCAAGAGCAGCGUGCAGCCGUGACGUUGGCGCUGCAGUCGUUUGUGCGGGUUGCCCACGCCUCCCUCUCGGCGUCUGCAGCGGCGGCCAACGCCUCUGCAUCGACAGAGAAAAGUGGUGGUGAGGAGGCGGGGCGGCGCUCCGUCGUGUCCGUGCGCGGACAGCUUCACGGUGGGCACAGCAACCGUGGGCUGGGCAGCGGCAAGGGCGGCGCCAUGACCAGCACCACCAACUCAAGUACGAGUACCACCCCGCGCAAGCCAAGCAUCUCACGGAACAGCACGGCGUCGUCGCUGGCCAACACGGCGACGACCGCGACGGCGGGGCACAUGAGCAGACGCGCCUCCGCGGCGGCGGCAGCAGCGGCCAGAGCCGCCUCUCUCUCAGACGCGCUGCAGACGCUGCAGGCGGCCGUCGUCACGCUGCUGAGCACUCUCAGCGACGGUGUCGCCCUCGCCCAGGUGCCAGCGAACAACGUUGUAUCGCCGGUGAAGAGUGUCGGCGGAGGCAGCGCAUCCCUCGGCUCGCAAGCGGCGCUCAUGGCGUCCGGCACGAUCACCAACGACACGCCUUGCGCCGUCGUUUGCCCAGAUGAGAGCACCAGCGGCCGCUUCGAUAAAGCAACGCCUCCGGCGGCGCAAGCCGGGUCGCCGGUGUUGGCGUCGUCUGUCGGCAUGGCGGAAAAUCUCUUUCCGCCUCCGGCGCUCACCUUCCCUAAUGCUGGUAGCAUGCACGCGAGCCAAAGCCAGAGCAGCGCCGUCGGCCCUUCGACAACGGCGGCGGCGGCAGUUCGUGUGGACCCCGCGGUGUCGACCUCUGCUGCCCCUCCUCGCUUCGUGGAGUUUCUGCGUGCGCAGAGGCGAGAGGUCGCGGCGCAGCUCGACGAGCUGUGCGGUGUCGUCCGCCACGCCCUCGGCUCACCGGUGACGGCCCCGGAAGCUGCCAUUGCGCAGCGGCCGACGGUGAGCAGUGCUGGUGGUACCGCGGCGACGCGGUUGGUGUGGCUUGAGGCGUCGAACAUGCUGAACACGCCGUUCUUUGUGCCGCCCAAGUGUCUGAGCAGCCUUGCCAUCGACAUGGCAGGGCGGAGCAGCGACGACGCAGCCGCAGAGAAGGACGCGGCGGUGAUCACCGAUGUUGAGGCUAUCGUCACAAGCCCGACCCUUGGCGCCGCUCUCAAAUCUUCCAAUGCAUUCGUCUUUCCCAAGUCCGCGAGCAGCGCCACGGGGAAUAAACUGAAGUCCUCGAAGCUCAGCAGCAGCAGCGGUGGCGGGAGCGUGACAGGCCGCUCCUCAGUGAGCAGCACGCCGCGCGCGCGCGCCAACGGGAUGGUCAUGCCGUACUCGCCGCUCUUCACCUUUACCAUGGCGGCAGACGAUGACGAGGUGGGCGAUGGCAGCGUGGAAGAAGACCUGCAAGGGCGCUCCACCAGCGCGCGCAGCACGGAGGGCACUGCAGGCAACGCAUGUGCUUCCGUGGAGUGGUAUCUGCUCCGCUGCGUGCAACCCAGCGCAGCAGCAGCAGGCGCUGUAGCGUACUCGCCCCGACUGGGCGCGGAGCGUGAGCACACGAGCAGUCGGCAAAACUCCACCUUCAACUGGAGCACAACAGAGUUGUCCAGCUCCUUAGGAAGCGCCCAUGGUGGCGGUGCGGCCACGGUGAAUGUGAGGACCAAGCGCACGAUUGGCAAGACCGGUGGCAAGCGAUCCACCAGUGUCGGUACAGGCAAGUCAGGUCGCACCGGUGGGGGCGGUAUCUACCAGUCGCGCCCAGCGCUCUGCACGUCGCAGAAGGCGCCAUCGACGUCUAAACCGGCCGGCCCCAGCAAACCUCGCAAAAAACUCUCCACCGCGUCGCCGGCGCAGCAAGGACCGGCUCAACAGGAGAAGAACGAGCACCUGCAGCUGCAGCGCCAACUUGUCAAAGCCUGGACGCUAUGGACGGCGCUGCAGCCCCUUGCCGCGGGUCGGGAUGAUGUCGCCGACGCGGGUGCCGAAGAGCCGCUCUCAUACUUGCUACCGCCGUCCUCGGCCUCGGCGAGCGUGAACGCGCCGGCCGUGGUAGGCGGGAGCCUCUGCGAUGGCACCCCAGCAGAGGAGACUGAUGCCUCCACGCCACCAAUGAUGUCAGCGCCAACGGCAGCAGCUUCACCUGUCGCUGUCACAGCCAGCCCCACGCGGAAGGAGGAAAGUCCAGAGAGUGAGGACGGGCCGAUUUCCGCGUGCCAGCUGCCAUUGGUGGCGGACGACGAGGAGGCCGUCGCAGGGGGGAACCCGCUGCAGAGCCCUCCGCCGCCGCCGCCGCCCGGCACCCUUCAUCCACUCAGCAGCCACAGCGAUGGCGGCCACUUGCGCUUUGAGGAGCACAAGGAGGACGAUGACGUGCCGUACCGUGAGUGCAGCUCCGUGCCUGUGCGCGUAGCGGGCAGCAUGCCGAGCCUGUCGAGCCUUCAAGGUGUGCCGCGGCGGCUGAACAUGGACGACACAGCCCUCCUCACCCACAGCGACGGCGACUCAAAUCACGCCCUGAGCGCGAAGUCCAGCCCGGCCACGUUUCUGUACUCCUCCACGGAGAUGCCACAGCGCACCGCACCUUCGCAGAGCCUAGCUUCCUGUGUGGACGAUGCGUCGUCAACGAGUGCAAGCGCUAUCGCGUCCGCCCGCGCUGCAGCGACAGACACACACAUGGCAGCGGUGUGCCGGAUCUCCAUGUGGUGGGCCGUCCUGUGCUGCCACCGUCACGCCGUUGCGCAACGUCGUACGGCACACCUGCUGGAGAAUGCUGCGCAGCGGGAAAAGGUGCUAGCGGCGCGGCGCAACGCGCUCGUGCGGUCGUGGGUGUGUCGCUGGCGGCUGAGACGGUACAUGGCAGCGCGAAAGCAUCAGCAGCAGGCGCUCGCUUCAGUGGCGCCCACCGCGGCGGAGGCGACGGAGGAAGACAACUCGGAAAAGACGCGUCGGACCGUAGCUGGGAAGGACAAGGCUGCUGCUUCAACUACGACAACAGCCGUGUCCGCGUCACGUGAGCGCUUCCAGCGGGCGAAGGAGCAACGAAAGGCAGCGUUGGCGUCCGCUGCCGCAGUCACGUCGAGCACGGCACGGCUGCCGUCGUCCUCUUCUAUCAGCAGCAGCAGCGGCGGCAGCGGCGGCGGCGCAAAUGGCGCCGCCUCGUCCACGCCCAUCCGUAUUCCGUCGUUGCCACUCGCCGCCAGCGGUGUCUCUACUUUUGCCAUACGUGACUAUCACGGGGAGAGCAGCAGCUUCACCGUCUCGGCGAUGCACCGACUCCUGGACGCGCCGCCGUCGCUGCUGUACGCAACGUGCAUGGUGGCGCUGCGCUACCCUACCAAUGCGCCGAUGGCGUACCUCGACAACAGCGGCGGCGGCAGCGCAGCGAACCAGUGCCUCAACGCCAGCGAGGAGCGCCAGAAGAGUGAGGCGCCCCCGGCGAUGGAUGAGCGGUACGGUGGGAUGGCCGCCAGCGAUCAGCUCGAGCGCUGGCGCCGAUCGUGGCAGACGAUGCGUGGCAGCAGUGUCACCUGCCCGCUCAGCGGAAAUGAUUGCAACGACGAUGACCGUGCUGGUGGCCCACUCACGGCGCAGCAGCGACGCUGGAUCGAAACGGGUCUGCUCUACAUCCGCUUUCGUCACCUGCGUCACUACGUAUGUGGCAAGUACGAGGCGCUCAUCCCCGCUAGUGGCGGGCGCGGCCUCGUCGAUGAAGUUCUCAGCAGCUCCAGCGGUCGCUACGGUCCGUUCUCGCUCGACGCCACCCUCAACUCGGCGACGCGCUCUUACCACAGCAGCGCGAGCGCAGCAGGCAAGACAGUGCUGCCUGUGCCCCUGACGAUGCGCUACGAGAGUAUCGUUGACCCGAACGAACUGCAGCACGCCAAGCCCGUCGUGAAGCCAUUCCACCGUCCGUUUGAGGAGUGGGGCAUGGCGUACAACCUGACGUCGCGCGUGUUCUGCGCGGCGGCCAUCUACGCCUGGCAGCUCAUCUUCAGCCACACGCCCUUCGACGACGCGAAGCAGCGGGAGCUGCCGACGCGGGAGGAGCAGCAGGCGAGGCUGGAGCGCGUCGACGACCGCAACGGCAUCAUCCUCGACUGCUACGGCGUGCGCAGCGAGCGGGAGUGGUUACGUGAGGCAACGAAGGACUUGUCCUUUGUGGGUCAAGUUUACCUUCCGAACUACGACCGGGACGACCCGGAGCAGCAACGGGAGAGCCGCGACAACUACGACUUCGUUAAGAAUUUUCUGUUCCAGUGCUUCCCGAGCAUCAACAAGCUGAUCGACAUCCCGGACUACCUUGUCGGGGCAGGUCUCUUCUUCGUGCUGAAGGAAGUGUUCCAUUACACAAAGGACUCCCCGUCCACGAAGCGGAUGCACGAGGUGCUGCCGCGGCUGGUGGUCGUGGAAGGGCAGGAUCACAUCGCUGCCGUCACCCCGGCCACCUCCGCGCUGGCGGGCGACGGAGCGGCUGCAGCGCGAGAGGAUAGCAGCACCGCCGCCGCCGUAGCGCUAGAUCUGCCGGCGCGGGAUGCGACGCAGCUCUCGCCGGUACCGCCGCGCGAGGUGACGCACGAUGGCGAUGGUGUCAAGGGGCUGUCCGGUUGGCAGCGGGCCGCGCUGCAGCGCUACGAGCAGCUGCGGCAGCUGCACCACCUCAGCUAUGGUAUCUUGGCGCAGGAAAAGACCGCCGUUGCUGUCGGCAGUGGCGCCGGCGCAGGUGGGUCGCAGGACAAGGCAACGCGGUCGAAGCAGUACCAGCAGCAGAGGCGGUCUCGCUCGCCGGUGGCCUGGACAACGUCGAUCGGCGGCGCAGCAAAGGACAGUGCGAAGGCGGCAGGCGGCAGCGGCGAUGACGGCAGCGACUCGGCCAACACCACGAGCACGAAGACCGCGCUGGACGACGCCACCCUGCCCCUUCGUCGCUGCAUGGCGAACGGACCUGCCGGGUCGCUAACGCCGAUGCGGGCGACCCCGGGGUCAGCAGCCCUCGGCUCCUCUGUCUUCACCUCCCCCGCCGCCCUCCACGAUGGGAUACUGGAGAAGAGUAAGAGCGGCGCCGGGGAACGGCGCGCUUCUUCCUCUGCUAUCGCGGUACCGGCAAGGGACGCCUCCGUGCAGCUCGUGCGGGUUCCGCACCGCCUGUUGAGGCCCUCCGCCGCGGACGUGCAGUUUGUGCGCGACUUUGAGGAGGAGGUGAGCAAGUCGAUACACGGCAUCAUUCGGGCCUGGAACGGGAACAGUGGCGGGACAUCGCUAGACUUGUCGGAUGUGCGGGCGGCGUUGACGGCCGGUGCGGCCCUGCACGAUGCGCUCGACAUCGCGUACCCAAGGCACUUCCUCGUGAAGCUGAGCGAGACGCUUUCGUUUCAGCUGUUUGGCUUGCAGCUGUCUCUAGGCAACUGUGAGGACUUGGACUCGAUGGGGCACUGA